CCAACAGUGUAAAUUUGAUAUGACCAUCCAUUAAUUGUCCAGUUUGCUGCCAGCAAUGCAAAGGAUUUAGCUGACGCAACGGAAAUCAUCUCACCAUAUGCAAAUGGAGUUGAUUUGAAUUGUGGAUGUCCUCAGAGAUGGGCAAUGGCAGAGGGGUAUGGUGCACACCUGAUCAAGAAACCUGAGUUAGUGAAAGAUAUGGUUCGACAGACACAAAGUCGUAUUUGCCAACCGGAUUUUUCAAUUUCAAUAAAAAUCAGGUUACAUAAAGAUAUAAGGGAGACGGUUGACCUUUGUCAGAAGGCAGAGCAUGCUGGAAUAUCAUGGGUCACUGUUCAUGGUCGCACAGUUCAACAGAGGACAGAGCCAGUAGACUAUGCUGCAAUUAAGACGAUAAAUGAUAGUGUUUUGAUACCAGUUGUUGCCAAUGGUGAUAUAAAAUAUCUUGAAGAUGUGGAUAAACUCCAUAAGAAUACAGGAGUGAAAGGUGUCAUGGCAGCAAGAGGAAUGCUACAAAAUCCUGCAAUGUAUGCUGGAUAUGAAAACACACCCUUACAGUGUGUUCAAGACUGGGUUGAUAUAGCUGUUGGACUUGGUACCCCCUUCCCUUGUUUCCAUUAUCAUCUUAUUGCAAUGAUGGAGCGGGUCACAUCAAAGCCAGAAAAGAAAAUUUUCAACACACUCCAUUCGACCCCAGCUGUCUUAGACUAUCUUAAAGAACAUUAUGAUGUCCAGUACAAUGGUCAACAACAGGCCAAGUUGACAGAUCGUUUAGAUGCUCUUCAUCUCAAACCUUCUCCACUUGGAAGUAAUAUUGACAGUUGAUGAUGGAUGAAAUUUGUAGAGAAUUAUUUUGCCAGUUCUUAUUAAUAAGUGCAAUCCAAGUAAAAUUUCUACAAUCUACUUUGAUUAAAUUUUCAGCCAGGCUGUGGCUUUUGUUCAUUACAACAAAAGUGGCAUAGGGCGGGCCAACAUCGUAUGUGCUGAAGACAAGCCAAGCUAAACCAGUCAAUCCUCGCAAAUAGUUUUUCAGAGAUAAUGGCCACAACAUGUUGGAAUGUUACUUUCAAAAUCUAUUUUACUGCACUAAACUUUAUACAUCUAUACACAUGCUAUGUUGCUAUUUUUCAUAUUUUCAACGUUAAAAUAUUUGUUAAUGAUUUGGUGCUGGGUCUCUGCUUGAGGAAUGUCCAUAAUCAUAAACUUUGAAGACUGAUUUCUCAAUUACUGUCCUUUAACAGCUGGAUUUUUAAGCUUCUGUAACCUCAUAACGAAAUGUCAGAUUUAUGUGAUACUUUCACCAUUUUAUGACUUACAUUUUACUGUUCAUAACCCUGCAUUAGUGACUAAUAAUUUAUAUUUUGCUAGGAGCUACAGGUUUGGCUUAUCUUGUCUUGCAAUUGUGGGAUGUCUGAAAAUUCAUAGUCCAGUAUGUACAUUCUUAACUUUGAAGCAAAAUCACACCAAGCGACAUUUUGAUACACUGUACAAUCAGCAGAGACUUUAUUACAAUAGAUGAAUAUUUUCAUAUGCCGACUUUUCUAAUAAAAAACAAAGAAUACAAA